UCACUAUGCUUCCGGUGACGUGUGAGCGCAAGAAGCGCGGGAACUCGUCUGACGGGGCAGUAGAAUCCGAGUAGUAACAGGAUGAAGGUUUAUUUCUGCGGCAGCAUCCGCGGCGGCAGAGACGACGUGCACGUGUACCGGAGGAUCGUGCAUGCGCUGCAGAGCUACGGGAGCGUCCUGACCGAGCACGUGAGCAGCGCCGAGCUCAGCGACAGAGGAGAGGACGCCACAGAUUCCGGGGACCGAGCCAUUCACGACCGAGACUUGGACUGGCUGCGGCAGGCUGAUGUGAUCGUGGCCGAGGUGACGCAGCCAUCUCUGGGCGUCGGCUACGAGCUCGGCCGAGCCGUCGACAUGAAGAAGAAAAUCUUCUGCCUGUUCAGACCGUCGUCAGGACGCAUUCUGUCGGCCAUGAUCCGAGGAGCUGCUGAUGGCGAGAACUUUGUGGUGCGAGAUUACAGUGAAGACGAGGUGGAGACGGUUCUGGAAGAGUUCUUCAGCGGCCUGAAGAGGAGCUGAAAGCAGAGAGAGCCGGAAUAAAGCGAAGUUCUCUGUGAUUGGUUGUUUUUUGUUUGAAUUAAAGUGUUUUAAUUUUAAUUAA